AGCUGUUUAGCCACCAGCUCCUGAGUCGAGAGACGCCUCUUUCUUCCUUCGCCUCGCCUCCACCCCGUAUUUAUCCCCUCUCAGGCCCCGGCUUGAUCCUGGUCUACCGCUUAAUUGCCAGGGAAUUACUGAUUUUCCGGCCGUGGACAGCACAUCCCAGCUUGGGCCCACCAGCGGUGUCCGUCCCGGAGACUCGAGCGAGGUCUUUCUCCCCCACAUUCUUUCCCCUGUCUUUUCGCCGACUCCUCUCCUCUCCUGGACCUGUUGGAAUCGUGUCGAGAGCCGCUUUUGUCACAAUGGGUCUUGCGACGAACGCCAUCUACUAUACGUUCCAUCCGUCGCAGCUGAGAGCGAUCAUCCAAUGGAAGGUGUGGCAUAAUCCCGUGCACGAGCGCAAUGAGAAGGACGACACCGAGACGCAGAAGGCGUGCUUCCACUUCCUCGACCGGACGAGCCGCAGCUUCAGCGCGGUGAUCAAGGAGCUGCACCCGGAGCUCCUGCUGCCCGUGUGUCUGUUCUACCUGGUGCUGCGCGGUCUGGACACGAUCGAAGACGAUACGUCGAUCCCGCUCGAGACCAAGGAGCCGCUGCUGCGCAACUUCAAGGACUUCCUGGAGCAGGAUGGCUGGAACUUCACGGGCAACAGGCCGGAGGAGAAGGACCGGGAGCUGCUGGUUCAGUUCCACAACGUCGUGGCCGAGUUCAAGAACACCAAGCCCGCCUACCGCGAGAUCAUCAAGGAUAUCACGGACAAGAUGGGCAACGGAAUGGCCGACUACUGCCGCAAGGCGGCCCUGGAGGACGCGAGCGUCAAGACGAUCGAGGAGUAUGACCUGUACUGCCACUACGUCGCGGGUCUGGUUGGCGAGGGCCUGACCCGGCUCUUUGUUGAGGCCGAAUUCGGCAACCCGGCGCUGCUGAAGCGCCCGCGCCUGCACAAGUCCAUGGGUCUGUUCCUGCAGAAGACCAACAUCAUCCGGGACAUCAAGGAGGACGAGGACGAUGGCCGCCGGUUCUGGCCCAAGGAGAUCUGGUCCAAGCACGUCGACAAUUUUGAGGAUUUGUUCAAGCUGGAGAACCGCGAAGCGGCCCUGAACUGCAGCUCCGAGAUGGUUCUCAACGCCCUCGAGCACAUGGACGAGUGCAUCUUCUAUCUGGCCGGCCUGCGCGAGCAGAGCGUCUUCAACUUCUGCUGCAUUCCCCAGACCAUGGCCAUUGCGACGCUGGAGCUGUGCUUCCGCAACCCCGCCAUCUUCGAGCGCAACGUCAAGAUCACCAAGGGCGAGGCGUGCCAGCUGAUGUUCGAGUCGACCCAGAAUCUGCGUGUCGCCUGCGACACCUUCCGCACCUACGCCCGCCGGAUACACAAGAAGAACAGCCCCAAGGACCCCAACUUUUUGAAGAUCAGCAUCGUCUGUGGCAAGAUCGAGAAGUUCAUCGAAGUCAUCUUCCCCUCUCAGAACGCUGCGGAUGCCCAGCGCCGCGUCGAAGGCCAAAACCCGGCUAAAGACGAGGCCAGGGCCAAGGAAGACGCCGAAUCCCGCAAAGAGAUCAUGUUCAUGAUGGCUUUGAUGGUUGUCAUCAUGGUUGUCAUUGUUGCCGUCAUGCUUGGUGUCGCCUGGGCUAUGGGCGCCCGCUUCGAUCUCGCGUGGAAAGAGCUUAGGAAUGGCAAUCUCCGCCCUCCGAAGCAGUUUGCUGAGCGCGAUGCCGCGAUGGCCGGCCAGGUUCUGCACCAAGAGCUCUAAUUGAGUCACGGAAUUAUGAGUUAUAAAUUGUCUGAUCCAUGCCACCUACCACUACUGUUACCCCUUUCGCCCCUAUCUUAUUUAUCUAUCUUCUGUACUGGCCGGUUCUUUUUUGCAACGGGCGAUGG